AUAAACUUAGUAUGUAAAAUGAAGUUCCACGGCGUGGUUGUGCUGAGUGUCUUCUUCAGAGUGUCGAGUGGAGAGAACACGACGUUCCCAUCUUGGUUCAUGUUCGGGGCAGCCACAGCGGCGUAUCAGAUAGAGGGCGCGUGGUCAACAGCUGAUAAGAGCGAAAGUAUUUGGGAUAGACUGUUGCACACCCAACCUUCGCUUGUGAUGGACCACUCUAAUGCAGAUGAUGCAUGUUUCUCGUACGAUUUCUGGACUAGAGAUGUUGAGAUCGCUCAUGAAAUGGGACUGCAAAUGUACAGGUUCUCAAUAUCCUGGCCUCGCCUGCUUCCCACUGGGUUUCCGAACCAGAUCAGCUCGAUUGGCAAGAGCUACUACGGCAACCUGAUCGAUGGUCUCCUGAGGAAGGGCAUCCAGCCUGUGGUUACCAUGUACCACUGGGACUUGCCGCAGUCCUUGCAAGAACUUGGAGGAUGGACGAAUCCACUAAUCGCUACAUGGUUCGCGGACUACGCAAGGGUCUUAUACACCCUUUUUGGUGAUCGUGUGAAGUACUGGAUCACUAUAAACGAACCGCUGACUAUCUGUGAUGGGGGGUACAGCAAGAUGGCCGCUCCAUACUUGGAUGACAUGAAGAUUUCCAACUAUUUGUGCAGCAGACAUGUGCUGUUGGCCCACGCUAAGGCUUUUAGGGCGUACGAAAAAUUUCGGAAACAGUACCGUGGCAAGAUUUCAAUGGCCAAUGUUUUCUUCUGGUUUGAGCCUUUGAAUCCAGAGAAAGAUAAAGAAGCUACGAAACUUGCAAUGCAACUCUGGGAAGGUCGUUUCGGUCAUCCCAUUUAUUCCAAAACAGGAGGUUGGCCACCAGAACUGGAAAAGUAUAUUGCUGGAAUUAGCAAGACGGAAGGGUACAAUCAGUCCAGGCUUCCUCCGUUUACUCCAGAAGAAAUUCAACUUAUCAAAGGCACCUAUGACUUCUAUGGGCUGAACCACUACACCACUCGUUUAGUUCGUAAAGCUACUCGCAAGACGGCUGGUGACUGGCCGUUCUAUGGGUCCAAGGAGUUGGGAGUCACCUUCGUGAACCAUCCUAACAGGAGAACUAUCGUUAUUGACUGGUUCCAAAUAUACCCUGAAGGUCUUCGGAAGCAGCUGCACUGGAUCAAGGACAACUACGAAGUCAAGGACAUUAUGAUCACAGAGAACGGGCUCCCAAUGCUGAGGCUAGAUCUCGCUGAUUACGACAGAGUAGACUACAUCAAAAAAAAUCUGGAACAAGUGCUCCUCGCCAUAAAUGAAGGAGUGCACGUGAUGGGGUACACAGUCUGGUCGCUGAUCGACAGCUUCGAAUGGAUUACCGGUUAUAAACUUAAAUACGGACUAUACCACGUGAACUUCGAGAGUGAGUAUCGACUGCGCACUGCACGCGAGUCGGGGAAGUACUACAGAAGAGUGAUCAAAAGCCGAUCUUGGGACGAAUCAUAAUAAAUAAUACAAUGACACAUC